AAGUGUACUUACAACGACUUAUAUAUCUGUGGGCGCAGCUGAAUUUACAUGUGUUGAUUGAGGGCUUUGGUUUAGGAGGUUGAAGAUUCUUAAUUUUUGUAUUGUUAACUUGGAUGAUUGUUUAAAUUAAAAAUGACUGAGUUCAAAAACGAAACCUUCACGUACGAUCAUUCGAAUACAUCAAAAGUUUUGUUUUGGUUCUUCUUGUCUCUAGAAACGCUAUUAAUAUGUGUUGGAAAUACCGUUAUUUGCUGGUUACUUUGUUUUAGAAAAAAACUAAGAACAAAGCAAAACAUGUUUGUACUAUCGCUGAGCGUCAGUGAUCUUUUUGUAGGAAUAUCAGUCCCACCAUGCGAGUAUUGUGCUUUUAAAGUAGCUUAUCCAAACAGUUGUGCCUAUAUUUGUGGCAGUGUAAUUAGCUUUAAUAUACUUGCCUCUGCAGUUAAUUUGACUCUUAUAGCUACAGAUCGUUACUUUUCAAUUGUUAUGCCUUUUGCUUACGAGAAAAGGGUAACAUGGAAACGAGCAAUAACGAUAAUAAUAUUUGCUUGGUUAUUGGCGCUUUUUUUGACACUAAUUCCUUUUAUUUGGAUGUUUGAUGGUAAAAUGUUGACGGCGCAAAAAAUACGAACAAACAUUAUAUUCAGCAUAACGGUUUUUUCUUGCAUUAUUUUAAACGGAUGGCUUAUCGGAAGCAUGUAUUAUAGAAUAGUAAAAAUUGUCCAAUGGCAAUUGCAAAAACGAAUCAAUAACAAGCGGCGAAACACGGCUGGUAUUAAAGUCUGCAUAAUGGUUGCGAUUAGUUAUUUUAUCUGUUGGAUUCCUACAGCAGUUAUUGAAGUUCUCUAUCAAUAUAUUGUUUAUAUACCUCUUGAGGUCUCGUCGAUAGCUUACUUUUUAUUGCUCUUAAACCCUUGUCUAGAUCCUUUGAUGUACGGCUAUUAUAGAAAAGAUUUUCGAAAAGAAAUAUGCCGGCUCUUCGGAUGCAAAAAGUCAAACAAUCAUUCAAAAAGUCAAACAAGUCAUAGUUAUUUUCAUUUAUCAAUUCAAAAAUCCCUCCCAGCACCUUCAUUUAAAAAAUGUUUUAAGGAAGAAUAUAAAGAAAUUAUACGAUGAGAUUCAGAACUUCAUGUAAAAUAUUAUAGAUUCCAAAGAGCGUUGUCGUAACUAUUCGAAUUUUCAGUAUUUUACAUAAAGUUUUUAUAAUUUUAGAUUACAAAGUUUGAAAAUAUAUUUUGAAGUAGUUAGAGUUAUAAAAGGGAACACAUUUUUUUGUAAAAAAGAAAUUGAAGUUUUUUAUCUCUGUGUUUGUAGACUUAACCAAACUAAAAUUAACUUUGAUUUAA